GCAAAAAAACAGCAGCGGCGGCCGUUGGGGGAAGAGAGUAAAUAGAGAGAGAAGCCUCAAGAUGGCUGACUCGCUGGGCUCCGCUUACCUCACCGGAGCUGCUACUGCGGUAGCCCCGGCGGUCGCCUCCGCCAAAAGCCCGCUGGUCAAGCCGACCGAGGCAAAGGGAGCCCCUGACAACCGCCUUCAGUCUUCCCGGGAUUUCAACCCGCCGCCGCCCAAGAAGGUCCGACUGGAGGAGAGGAGUGGUAAACCCAAGAAACUCAGCCGGGAAGCAGGAGUGGGAGGCAACGGUAGAGAGAAACUCCAGCAGCCCACCAAGCAGCAGAGUUAUGGGGCGGGCUUGUGGAGCUUCAGCCCGGUUAAGACGAGUAGCAACAACCUUCCGGUGCCUGCUACCGGUGGACACCAACCACCGACAAACACGCUGAAAGUAUUUAAACAGAGCGACUUCUUCCUCCACAAAGCGCCUUCCUCCUCCAAACACAAGAACCCGAGUAAAGAUAAACAGCGCGAGAAAGAGAGGGAGAAGGGGGCAGGAGGCGGAGAGGAGAAGAAGAGAACUAAAGUACUGGGGACCUCCGGACCCGAGGAUAAUGUUAGUAACAACAACAACGAAAUCAGCCAAAUUAACACCACUUCGGCAGUGAAAAGAGAAAAUGGGGAGGUCAUGUUGCCACCCAAAGAGCACUCCAACAAGGACAGGGCGAAAGAUAGAGAACCAGUGGAGAGGGAGAAGAAGAAGGUCAAAGACCGGGAGAGGGAGAAGAAGAAGCACAAAGUGAUCAACGAGCUCAAGAUGGAGAACGGAGAAGUCCAGCCGCCCAUCAAAGAUGAAAAAGAGAAAGCCAAGAUCAACUCAGAGGAGCUGCAGAUCAGAAAAGUGAAGAAGAAAAAGAAGAAGAAACAUAAAGAGGGGGAGAAGCACAAACGAGUGAAGAUGUACCACCGCUCCUGCCAAACCAUCUGUGCCGGCCUGUUUCUCCUCCCUACGUCUCCCCCACCUCCCAACUCUUCUUCCUCAUCCUCUGAUCCUCCUAACUCCUCCCUGUCUCCGUUUAAGUCCCCUCUACCUGUUUACCCUCCACCCAACAACAAAACUGCACUUCUCUCACCUUCCUCUCCUCCUCUCACCCCUAUAUCUCUUGUAAACUGCACCCUCCUCGACUCCGUCAACCCUCCGUCAAAGAACCAGAGCAAACACCAGCAUCAGUGCAGCUAUCCUGGCAUGGCGGGCUUGGAGUUCGCCCCAUACAUCCACAUAGAGAAGCAGCCUAACGGGGGGGCCCUGGUGGCCCACGCCUACACUUCCCAGCUCUCCUCCCUCUCCCUGAGCCAGAGGCAGAGGUUCGCCCAGGAGUUUGUCACCCUGUCUUUCAGCGAGGACUCAUCGCAGGCAGCUCAUUACGUCAUGGGAAUCGUCCACGGAGAAGCCAGCUACCUGCCGGACUUCUUGGACUACUUCUCAAGCAAGUUCCCAACCGCUCCAGUCAAAAUGGAAAUACUGGGGAAGAAGGACAUAGAAACCACCACCAUGGUUAAUUUCUACUCUCAGGUGAAGAAAACGUACAGUAAUGGUACAUACAGAGCCGGAGCGAUGAGACAGAUCAGCCUGGUGGGAGCCGUGGACGAAGAGGUCGGGAAUUAUUUCCCAGAAUUCCUCGGCAUGCUGGAGGAGUCGCCUUUCCUGAAGAGGACUCUCCCGUGGGGAACGCUCUCCAGCCUGAGGACCAUGGAUCCCACCGAGAGCGACGACGGCCCUAUAUUGUGGGUCAGACCCGGGGAGCAGAUGAUACCUGUAGCUGACAUACCAAAGUCUCCUUUUAAAAGAAAACGCUCCACCAACGAGGUGAAGAACCUGCUGCAGUCUCUGCCCCGGACCAGUGAGCCCAGAGAGCUGCUGUUCGAGGAUCGGACCCGAGCUCACGCCGAUCACAUCGGGCAGGGCUUCGAACGACAGACCACGGCCGCAGUGGGGGUGCUGAAGGCCGUGCGGGCCGGAGGAAGCUCGGAGCCUCCUCGUGUAACCAAAGACGUCGUGUGUUUCCACGCUGGAGAUUUCCCUCAAGUAGUUCAGAGGCUGCAGCUGGACCUGUACGAACCUCCGCUGUCUCAGUGUGUGCAGUGGGUGGAUGAUGCCAAACUGAACCAGCUGCGUCGGGAGGGCAUCCACUACGCCCGCAUCCACCUGAGCCACAACGACAUCUACUUCAUCCCUCGCAAUGUGGUCCAUCAGUUCAAGACCGUGUCGUCCGUCUGCAGCCUGGCAUGGCAUGUCCGCUUAAGGAAAUACCACCAGGGAGCAGAAGAGGAAGAGGAGGUGGAGGUGGAGGUGAAGGUGAAGGCAGAGGAGGAGCAAGUUGAGCCGAAGGAGAAGGAGAGGAAAACAGUGGAGGAAAAACAGGAGGAGAGAAAGAAGAAGAGUGAGAAAGGGGUGAAGGUGAAGAUAAAGAAGGAGGUAGAGGAAGUCGAUGUGUCGGAAAACAGAGCGCCGCCAGCUGUGAGGAAACAGGAAGUGGCUCAUCAUCCCGCCCCCCAGCUGGACUCAAACAUGAACAGAGACAAACGGGUGGAGAAGGAGAGGGUGAAGGAAGGAGGGAAGCUCAGACGGCAGGACUCACCUCCUGAGAAGGUGAGAGCAGAACUUCCAGUGCCUCCUCUCUGCAAGAACAACUCACCCUCCCCUCAUCCUCCUCAUCAGGACGCCCAACCCAAAGCAACAUCAAAGCACCUUCAUCAGCACCAUCACCUUCCUCACUCAGACAGCAGAGAGUCUUCCGCUCCACAGCCCUCAGCUCCUCGAUCGCCCAGCUCCAAGUCUCUCUCCUGUUUACCAGCUGUUACACCCUCACACAACUCUUCUCCCCACACCUCCUCUUCCUCCUCUCCAUCUCCUGCUCUCUCCACAUCUCCCCUGACUCCCAAACCUUCAGCAGACUGCCCCAAACGUCCUCCCUCCAGCGUCUCUUCCACUCCCCGACUGCCUCCCACCUCUCAGUCUGACAGAACAAAGACUGAUGUGGCGUCAGAGAGGCGGGUGCAGCCGGGGGUUCGAGCCUCUCACGGCCCCCCUGCUGUGCAUGGACACCCCUCCAGUUCACGAGCGGACACACACACUGCCCCCCGAGACUCCCGCACACACCCGCUGCAGGAGAGAUGGACUCACAGCACGGACUCUAGGCUGCACCUGCAACAGGACGCUUACACGCAGCAGUACACCCCCCAGCACCUCCCCCCUCCUCCCCUCCCGCACAUGCUCCCCCCGUCUUUCUCCCCUCUACUGCCGCCCUCACAUCUCCCUCACAGGGGCAUCCGCCUCCCCCCAAAUCCUCUCUCUGACUUCCCCGCACAGCCGCUGAACUCUUAUCAGAAAGCUCCCCCCCACAUGAGCGGGCUCCACCUGCCCCACCCACACCCCCACAACAUCAGCACGCAGUCUCAGACAUAUUACCAGCCUCCUCUGCUCUCCCCCCCAUGUCCACCUCCCCUCCCAAGCCCCCAGUCUCUCCCGCCUCACCUUCCUCACCACCACCAGUACGCCAACACCUUCUUCCCCCCGCAGCAUCCCCACUUCCCCCCUCACCCCUUCCUCCCCCCCCAGUCUUACCACCCUUACCCGCCACAAUACCAGCCUCAGUCUUACCCUCACCCGCCUCCUCCUCCUACGUCCUCGCCGCCUCCCCCUCCUCCUUCUCUUCCGCCUCCCCUUCCCCCUCAGCCCUCCCCGACUCUCCUCCUCCCCCCCCCAAAGCAUGAAGAGCAGCAGAAACAGGUUUUAUAGUUUUGUACAUAAGGAUGCUGUUUUUAGACGUACCAGGUUUUAUUUUUGUUGUGAUGUUGUUGAACUUUGUAAAGAGGAAAAGCUGUUUAUGGUUCAGAGCCCAGAGUCGGACCUGGUUCUGGCCCGCUUCAGAUUGUACUGACUGCCUAAGUGGGGUCACGGUGUUGCAUUCAUCAGCGGUUUUGGCCUUCAGUUCCGCUCCAGUUUUGACUUUAAAGAAGACUUAAUUCAGGAUGAGGUUCUCAGUGUCUGCCAAACUGCUUCCUGGUUCUGUUCUUUAAAGAGAGCCACCAGAGGAAGGAAAGGUGAAGCUCUGCUCUGACGGACUUUACAUAUUUAUAUGAAAAAGGUCACCAUGAUGACCUUUUCGUGAAUCUUUGCAGCUAAUGCUUCCAAUUUUGUGGCUUUUUUUCUAGUAUAUUCUUUGUGCCCAAGACUGUUUCUGGAAUAUGAUGGGUCAAUACACUAUUGUGUUGAUGUAAUUCAAAUGUAAUAACAUUCUCUAAAGUAUUGAAUCCAUAUAUCAUAAUGAACACAGUUCUUCAGAGAACAUUUCCAAGAUAUUUCUGAGCUUUAAAGCUCUGCAAUAAUUUUCUAACCAUAAAUAUGAAUGCAUUUCCCCAUUAUUGAUACGGUGACAGCGCGUAUCAGUGUCUCUAUUCUGACAUCAAAGUCCUGUCCUAUUGAACCCUGUUGGGAUUAUUCAUGUUAGAUCUAGUGUUGUAUCGUUAAACGAUUAACAGCUGAUCAAAUUGCUUGAUGGAAUAUGAUGACAAAUGUUCGGAAACUUUGAAGAAAUUCAAAGUGAAGUAUUAUGUCGUACCUGUGUCCCUCAGCAGCAGUUGCAGAGCUCUUGGUGCAGUUUGGCUGUGUUUGAAGUGUUGUAUGUUGAAUUAUUCUGGAAAAAGAGCACUUACUGUUCAGCCAAGGCCUCCAGAGACUCAGGAACAGCCUUCCAGGACACAUGCAGAAAGAUAUUGGACUCUAAAAACAUUCCUACAUUUUAGGGUUAUUAAAGGUCUCCUAUUAUGCUCUUUUAUGGCAUAUAUUAUAGGUCUCAAAUAUAUAAAAAACAUGUCUCUGACGUGUUUUGCUCAAAAUACCAAACAGAUUGUGCAUUUUAGCAUGUCCGCUAUCCCUCUGUUUCAGCCCCGUUUCCUGAAGUGCUGAUUCUGUGACUGUCGCUUUAAAUCUGAGCUGAGCUGACCUGGCCACGCCCCUUUGGAGCAUCAUGAUCUCUCCUCUGAAGAGAGAAGUUUCUAACAGAGAAACUCAGCUAAACGCUGCCGUGAUUAAACCCCAUAUUAUGUUCCAAAGCACAUCCAGCAUUAUUUCUGAACACUUCUCAGUGUUUCCCACUAGAACAGAGACAUUAUAUGUAUUAUAUAAACAACAACUCUGAGUCCCUGCAGACAUCCUGCUGAACACACACACAGAGGUGCUGCGGAGGGGAUUCAGCUCGCGACCGUAUAUUUCGGAUGAUAGGUUGGGACGUGUCACGUGGGUGGGCCGUUGCCGUGAGUUCAAUGUAAAGCCAGCCCAUAUUUCCCAUAUGACUUCAUAUCGGCAGCAAAUCUGGAUCAGCUCGUUUGUACCCCGUUUUUAGAGAUGUGGGUAAGGAGGAAAAGAGGGUUGUAUUUUCUGACACUUUGUGAGUCUCCUUACACACCGGGGACACAUAUUUAUGUAUAAAAGACAGCAAAAAGUGCAUUUUGCAUAAUAGGGGACCUUUAUAAUAUGAAAUUGUGACCUAUGCAGCUACAUUAUGAGCUUGCCAUGAGUCACACUUUAACCACAUCUGGACACCAGAAAGAGCAGAUGCAGUCAGUCCAGACUCCCCAAAUGUACAGCACUUUGUAUCAUGGGUAAAUCCACUGUAGAGAGUAUUGGAACUUCUAAUUAAAUCAGACGAUCAACAGGGUGAUUUCAGGGUCUUCCAGGAUCUUUCUGUAAUUCAUUCAUGCCUUUUAUGAUACAAUUGUUUUAUUAUAGGUGGAGGAAUGAAGGUACACUGUUGAGAGUUCAUUCGCAAAGCACUAUUUAUCUAUUUAACUGAAGUUGAAAUGUUUUAUUUAUCAACCAGGAACUGUUUGUGUUCUAAAAAGUUCAAUAAAUUAUUAAACUGAUGUUGAAGCAGCAACAAUGAAUAAUGUCUCCAAGUGGUGAAUAUCUCUUCAUUGUCAGAAACUCGAUUUUGUCAUCCAUGUCUUGAUUGUAGGACGGAUAAUGGAGUACAGCCCACUUUGCUAAUGUAGCCCACAACAUUUCCACAGUGCCUGUCCUUAACUGUGAACUAUUUAUGGCACAGAGCCACACAGAGAAGGAGGUCUGUCCUUUCAUAAGACUAGAGUCCAGGUUCUCCCUGUAGAAUGAGAGCCUUCCAUUGCUCUCUAAAGGUUGCUGAAAACCCUCCAAAUAUCUGUGGUGUACUCUGGGAUGAGUCAGAAUGUGUGGCUCGGUGAGACUAACUCCUGAAAGCAGGGUUGUGUUUUCCAGGAUUAGUGUCACCGCCAGCCUGGAAAAUCCCAGAAAAUGAAGCGUAAACGCCCCGCUCUGUUCGGUCAGUUUGCCUUCAUCCAGAGGCGGAACCUUCUCUCUGUGGCUCUGGGCAGAGCUUGGUGAUAGGACUGAAUAACUGACAGGAACUAUUCUAUUUUUUGUACAAAUGUCACCAAAUGAUGGUUGAGAACAACACAAGUCUUCAAAGGCUGGAGUUGUUUUCACAGAAUUUAUUUAUCUGGAGGUUUUUUGUUUUUCUAUUUUGUUGAUGUGAUUUCUAACUGUCAGCACUGUAGUGUACAUAAGACGUUUUGUAAAGAGGACAAACUUGUAGUGUGGUUUCUACUUUAAAUAUGAGCCUAGCUAAUAAAAGGUUCAUUGUAUGGA